GCCGCGGUGGCCCCUGGUCAGGGGAAGGUCUGGGCCGCGGUGCACUCUGGGCAGGGUGCAGUAAGAUGGCGGCUCCCUCUCCCAAAUGGAGACGGGUAACCGGAGCCACCGGACCGGUCCCGCGGCCCCGACACGGUCACCGGGUGGUGGCGAUCAAAGAGUUGAUGAUCAUAUUCGGCGGUGGCAACGAGGGGAUCGUGGACGAGCUGCACGUCUACAACACCGCCACCAACCAGUGGUUUAUCCCUGCAGUUAGGGGGGACAUCCCACCAGGUUGUGCAGCUUAUGGCUUCAUCUGCGACGGCACCAGGAUCCUGGUAUUUGGAGGAAUGGUAGAAUAUGGAAAGUAUAGCAAUGACCUAUAUGAAUUGCAGGCGAGCAGAUGGGAGUGGAAGAAAUUAAAACCAAAACCUCCUAAAAAUGGUCCACAACCCUGUCCCCGCCUUGGCCACACCUUGUGUCUUGUUGGGAAUAAGUGUUAUUUAUUUGGUGGCCUGGCUAAUGACAGUGAAGACCCAAAGAAUAAUAUUCCAAGGUACUUGAAUGACUUGUACACUGUGGAGCUUCGAUCUGGAUCAGGAGUGGUAGGAUGGGACAUUCCUGUUACACAUGGCACCCCGCCACCUCCAAGAGAAUCUCACACUGCUGUUGUUUAUAAAGAUUCGAAGAAACCAAAGAUGAUAAUUUAUGGAGGAAUGAGUGGAUGUAGACUUGGAGAUCUUUGGAUAUUGGAUGUGGAAAGCUUGGUGUGGACUAAACCAGCAACCAAAGGUUCAACACCACUCCCUCGGAGUUUGCAUUCUGCUACUGUUAUUGGAAAUAAAAUGUUUGUCUUUGGUGGCUGGGUACCACUUGUGAUGGAUGAUGUGAAAGUUGCCACUCAUGAAAAGGAAUGGAAGUGCACAAAUACACUUGCUUACUUACAUUUAGCAGAUGGCUACAUCUGGACACCUGUAGUCUCAGACACGUUGGAGGACAAUGUACCAAGGGCCAGGGCUGGCCACUGUGCUGUUGCGAUUCAUACUCGUCUUUAUAUUUGGAGUGGAAGAGAUGGCUACCGGAAGGCUUGGAAUAAUCAAGUCUGCUGCAAAGAUCUUUGGUAUUUGGAAACUGAAAAGCCCCCUGCACCUUCCCGUGUGCAGUUGGUCAGAGCUAGCACAAAUUCACUCGAAGUAUGUUGGGGUGCAGUUCCUACAGCAGAUGCCUAUCUUCUUCAGCUGCAAAAGUAUGAUAUGCCACCAUCAGCCGCCACCACCACUACCACCACACCUACCAUGGCAACUCCAGCUUUGAGCAAUACUACACUACCACAGAAGACUUCAUGUAGCCCUGUUUCUCCUACGCCUGCUAUUCCUGCUGCACCAUUGCAUUCACCACUCCCUGUUUCUAAAGUUGCUUCUCCCACGAGUGUGCUGAUCCCUGGAAUGACAAGUGCUGUAACUACAACGCAGGUCUCUGCUGCUCAGGUAUCUGCAAUGCCUUCAGCAGCAGCCCAGCUGGUCACAGUUUCCCAACAAGCUGUGCAGACAGUAAAAGCUGCUGUUUCUUCCUUACCUGCUGGAGUUCGUCUUGUCGUUCCAGCUCAAAGCACCACUAAUGCUGUUCCCUCUGUUGUAAGUGUGAACACCCCGGCCACAACAAUGCUGAAGACAGCAGCUGCACAAGUGGCAACAUCAACUGGCUCUCUAGGCCCAUCUUCGACCCGACCUAUUAUCACUGUACAUAAAUCGGGUGCAUUGACCGUGGCUCAGCAGACUCAAGUUGUUACUACUGUCGUGGGUGGUGUCACGAAAACGUUCACACUUGUCAAAAGCCCAAUUCAAGUUGGCGGUGGAGGCUCCUUGAUCUCCAAUCUAGGGAAAAUGAUGACUCUUGUUCAGACAGCUCCUGUACAAACCGGUGCUCCAAUCACAGGCCAGGCCACUGCUGGGUCUUUGGCACAGUUCAUCCAGGCAAAGGGUCCUUUUCCUCCAGGGACUAUAGUGAGGCUUGUAACAGCAGCAGACGGUAAGCCAGCAACAAUAAUCACAACGUCACAAGCUGGUGGAAUAGGUACGAAGCAAACGAUCCUGGGUCUUAGCAGUGUCUCACCAGCCAGCAGUAAACCUGGAGCAACCACCAUCAUAAAAACCAUCCCUGUUUCAGCACUGAUGGCUCAACCCAAUGUUACAGGUGUAUCUGCAUCCCCUGGUAUAAAAUCUCCAAUAACAAUCAUUACAACAAAAGUAGUCACAUCAGGAACUGGAGCUCCGGCAAAGAUCAUUACAGCUGUGCCAAAAUUUACUACAGGGCAGCCUGGGGUCACACAGGUGGUUCUGAAGACUCCUGGAACACCUGGUACCAUCCUGCGAACAGUUGGUGGUACUCCUGUCACAGUUAGUGGAGUCAGAUUAGUUACUCCAGUCACUGUAUCUUCAAGCAAGCCAACAGUCUCAACUUUGCUAGUAAAAGGAACGACAGGUGUUACUACAUUAGGUACUGUGACGGCUGCAGCAACUACAAUUCAUGCUGGAGUAACUGGUCUUGCAUCAUCAAACUUCACUACCCCUGUCACGGCUCUGGCUAGAAUAACAACGCUGGCAACACAAGCAAUUAGCACAACUAUUGAUCCUUUGGCUGUAGCACCAACAACAUUGCAAGUUACACCAGGAAUUGUCUCAACUUCUUCUGUAGUUAGCACCGAGCCUGUUUUUGUGAUAUCAGGAGAAGCAGUGCCCUCUCGUGUAACUGGCUUGGUUGCACACGCUAGUGAAACUCAGGUGCCAGUGGCUGCAGAACAAGCCACAACUGCAGUAACUGUUUCAGAUAAUAGUGUACAAACUUCAGAUCAACAAAUACAACAAGCAGCAGACGAGCCAGCUCAUGAAACUACAGAAACAAAUACUACAAACACAGCUACCUCCAGUACUGCAAAUAUGUCUCUUAAUCAAAUUCAGCCACCAGAUGCAAGUAACAAUGGGAUGCCAGAAAGUGUGCAUGGAGAAACGGCAACUGCAGGAACAACCAAUACAGCAACAACCGUUUCAGCAGCAUGCACUGGGGCAGUGACCACUGUGACACAGUCUACACCAACUCCAGGCCCUUCGUUGCAGGCUGCUUCAACGGCAUCAGAUGUGACUUCAAGCAGCAGUGCGUCUUUGUCAGAUCUGAGCACAUCGCAGUUGGCACCUGCCACUGAGACUCUUCAAAACCCAGGAAGCUCUGAGCUUCAGUCGUCUUCCGAACAGACAUUAAAGAACUUUGCUCAAGCAGUAAUGCCACAGUUGGCUGAAAAUCAGCAACCUGAUCAGUCAGAGGCCUUCCAGGACCCUCAAGAGAAAAUGGAAAGUGGUAAAGCACAGGAGCAGUUGAGUCAAAACUCAGAGCAGCAGCACCAGCACCAUGUCACUGCCACUGAACCCUUUGUUAUUGAAGCAAAACCAGCAGAUAGUAUCCAACACAAAACAACUGGUGGAGAUGUUCCAAUAUCCUCAUUGCCAAAAGCCACAGAAUGCAGUGCAGUAAAGCCUCCCUCGGAAGAUCUUGCUUCAGAACCAGGUGUGCCUAAUGUAGAUUCCUCUCAGCAUUUGCAACAUUGCCAGAACCUUAUCACUCCGACUCCAGAGCAGCCAGCACAACAAAAGGAUCCACUGCAACCUCCAGUGCCACUGAGCACAGUGAGUGCUCCUCCUCAAACAGCAAUGCUGAGUCCUAAUGAUACAAACAUACAGAGUAGUCAGCAAGGCCAGGUCACAGAGGAUGCCCACCAACCUACCACUUCAAGUCCUGCCACUUCACUUCCAUCAUCCUCUUCCACAGCAGCUGUGUCACCAAAUGAAGUCUCUACUAGUAAUCCGCUAGCAAAUGGGAAACAAGAAAAUUCUUGCGCACAAUUAAAGGUAACGCCAAAGAAAGAAGGCAAUCCAUGGUAUGAUGUUGGAAUCAUCAAAGGAACCAACUCUGUGGUAACUCACUAUCACUUGCCACCAGAGGGCAGCCACGGAGAGGAUGCAAGUGCUAAUAUUCCAGACUACAGCAUGCUCAAAAAGCAAGAACUCCUGCCAGGAACUGCAUAUAAGUUCAGAGUUGCUGGAAUCAAUGCAUGUGGAAGGGGCUCAUUCAGUGAGAUAUGUGCAUUCAAAACCUGUCUCCCUGGAUUCCCUGGAGCUCCAUCUGCUAUAAAAAUUACCAAGAGUGUAGAUGGUGCUCAUCUUACCUGGGAACCGCCUGCAACAACUGCUGGCAAAAUUCUGGAGUACUCUGUUUAUUUAGCAGUGCGUAGCAUUCAGGUGACAGAAACAAAGUCUGGAAGCCCAGCGCAGUUGGCCUUUAUGCGGGUGUACUGUGGUGCGAAGCCAUCUUGUGUAGUGUCCUCGUCACACCUUGCAAAUGCACAUAUUGAUUGUACAACGAAGCCUGCCAUAAUUUUUAGGAUUGCAGCGCGGAAUGAGAAGGGAUAUGGACCGGCUACACAAGUUAGAUGGCUUCAAGACACAGGUGUUCAAGGAAGCAAAGGCACUGUAAAACGGCCGACAACAUCACCAGAUAGCACUAAAAGCGGCGGUGCCAAGAAGUCAAAGUCUGAAUGAUGAAUAGAAGAAGUUUUCUAUUUGCUUAAUGAAAGAAGUAAAGUACCGUUGGAUAGUAUUUGUAUUUAUUUUGUAAAUGUUUUGUAAUAUGUUUCUGUUAUACUCUUAAUGCCUAUAACUUGUGAGCUUCUUAGAGAAGGAAUUUAAUUUGUAUUAAUUGUACAAAGUACAUUUCUUGUUUAGAACUGUGACAAUAGGCUUCAGGCAAGUUUUAAAUGAUAGCUUUUUAGAAACAUAAUGUAGAUUUUAAAUUUAUAUUAACAUUACUGUGUAGAGUUCAUGUAGGUGGCUUGUUUCUAAAGUGGCUUAUUCUGAAAUCACUACAGUAGUGACUGGAUGUUUGCCGUGCAAGCAGUGGUUUAAAAGAGUUUUCGAAGAAAUGUUGGUGUUUCACCUUGUUGCAGGUGGAUUAGGUAGGUCUUUAAAGCAUGUUUAUAUGUGGAUGACGUUUGGGACCAAAAAAGGCACUACGGAGAAGCAGCUUCCUUCUCAGAGUAGCACUUACACAGAUUCUGAAUCACCAUUAGAAACAAAAGUUAUUAAACAACCUUUCUCUUUGUGUGUGUGUGUGUGUGUGUGUGUGUGUGUGUGUGUGUGUGUGUGCACACGCACGCACAACCAAAUGGCAUUUUUGUGCAUGAUUUGUGAUGAGAAAUUUAAAACUGCUUUUUUAUUUUAAAUUUUUAUACAAAUAUAAAAAUGAAUGAAGACGUAUUGGGUAUAUAGGAGUUGUAUGACCUCACUGUUUACAAAAGUCCCCAUGAUACAUCACUAAAUCAAUUCAUCAUAAUCAAGACUUGCUGUGCACACAAGCAUUCCCUCACAGAAGCUGCAGGGAAAAUCUAGGAAUUGUGUGUGAUAGAGGUAAUGAUCACAGUCUUCCUGCAGACACUGAUGACUGUACAAUGGCACAAGCAAAACAGUUGCUUGAAAUGCAUUUUAAUUCAAUUGUAUUUAAAUUAAAGUUCCUUUUACAAGAGCUUCUUGCUUUGGUGAACAUAGCUAAUUGUGGGGUCAUGCAACUUUAAGGAUUCAUAACUCAGUCAUUUAGUCAAACUGAUUGGGGUUGAAAAUUAGUGCUUUAAUACUGGCAAAUUUAAUCAUAAAAUUGUAUAGCUCAGAAGACUACAUUUGCUAUGGCUAACCAGUGGAUUUGUAUUAAUCAUUGAACUCAAUCAUUUAUAAUAAUUUCUUGAAUUUUGCAUUUAUUUGCUUUUCUAUUUUUGUUAACCUGUUCACCAAGUUAUAACGCAAAGGAUGCAGAGAAAUCCCGAGGUGGAUUUUAGAAAACUGCACACAAUUCUGCACAGAACACUUCUGUUAAUCUCACACUAACAGUUUCAGCUUUAAUGAGGUGCAUUGGGAAGUAUCAGUCCAGAGGAAAGAUUUUUAGUAACAUCACUGUUGUCUCUUUUGACAGAUAUGUAUAACACACUGCAGUAAUCUUUAAUUGGUGAGAUGUGUUAAGCUUUUUUGCAGUAAAUGCCUCUUUAAACAAUUCUGUGCAGUUUAGUUUAAUUAAAAGGAUACACUUUCCACCAAUGGAUGGAUAAUUUGACAUAAUUCUUCAUGCCUUGUGACUGGAUAUUCACUUUAUACCUCUAACUUAAUUAAAAGCAAAUGUCAUUUUUUUAAAUUUAAAAAAUGUAGAUGGUUUUUUUAUAAACUGGGCUAGUUAAGCUUCUCAGCAGUGUCCUUUCAAGACAAGUAUCUAAUUUUCAGCAAUUAAAAGUGUGACCUGAAAUAGGAUUUGCUCAGAACUGUUCAUGUUAGGUUUCAACUGUAAUGAAAAAUAAAGGAAAGAGUUGCUGAAUCUGGAUGUUAAUCUCUCGACCGUAUAUACAAGCCCAACUAUUCACAGCGACAAAUGAGUUAGAUUUUAAAAGUAUAUUAAAAUGCAUUUAAUAUCAUUUACAUUGAAAACUACAUUCUUUUUGUAUUCUUGAAAUAUUGAAGAUCUGAUUGAUGAACCACCCCUUAAUAAUUGUGUUCCAAAAAUACUAGAUCUCUGGCAUUUUUCUGUUUCAUUUCUAUGCAACCACAGUGGCUAGGUAGGCAUCAGCAGCCAUUUUCUUGUUUUGCUCAAAGUAUAUUUUUUAUUUGGAUGAGAAUAUUCGACUUGUAGUUUUGUGUUUGUCAUUUUUAUUGUUUUAUGCAAGACCUUGUAUUUUAAUUUUCUUCAUUAUUUUAAGACCCCAAAUCUUUAAUACAGACUAUACUCCUUUGCUUUAACAUGCAUUCAGGAAACAUUCUUUUCUACCAUUUAAUGAAAAUCAGAGUAAAACAACAGGGACAUGUUUAACAGUAUUAGGAAAAGUGUGUAGUUUUGGCCAUCUGUUUCUCCUGAAAAUUGACUUGGAUGAUGAAACCAUGUUUCUAUUAAUGAUGUCUCUUUUUGUUUCCACAAUAUCUGUGGUUUCACUUCCAUCCUGAGCCUGUUUUUUAUUGACAGUUUACAAAACAACAUUUAUUCUUUGUGAAUUCUACAACCAGCCCCUCCCUCAAGGGCUGAAAGAAUAAGAGACACAAAAGUGCCUCCGGUAGCAAAAUCAGAUGUCCCAAAUACCAACACGUUUUCUGAAUUACUUCACGUCCUUCAAUAAUACCUGCAGAAACACUGACACAAAUCUGAAGUAUUCAGUCCGGUUUAUAGGAAAGUAACUUUCAGAACAAAAGUUAAUGCAAAGAUGCAUUGUAUAAAGGUUGUGAAAUUAGAUUGAAAAUAGUGCAUGCUAAAAAUGACAUGGAGUUCAUCUCUGAUAAGGUUAUAAAGUUUGUGAAGUUUCUAAUUUGAAUAGAGAAAGAAGGAAUUUAGUUUCUUUGUGCAAGUGAGUAGCAUAUUGUACAAAAGAAGCCACAAAGCAACAGGCUGCCCACUAAUAGCCCAGAGUUUUAGAGGGUGACAUAAAUCAUGAUAUGUUCCUCUCCAAUACCCUUGUCCCCAUCUUAUGGAUUGCCAAUUCUCUUAAUUUAGCCCAAAUAUCUUGGUUUUCUGUCCUCCUUACCCGGGAAUUUCGUUUUUACCUGCUCGACCCUCCUUGUAUAAUUUCAUAACAUAAUUUCUUACAGUAGAACUGCUAAUCCAGAUAAAGCCCCAUAUAAACUAGAGAUGUCAGUUAGAGAUGUGGUGUCAAUAUUACUCUCAUGGCUUUAUUUAAGCUGGUAUUUUCUCCCCUGAUUGGAUGGUGACAGCUUUUUAGUGUAAAUAUAAUUCCCUAUCCAUUCAGGAAUGGAGACAACCAAGGUUCUAAAAGUCCACAGGAGGCCAAAUCUUGGUGUAAGGGCCAAAAUACAUGUGCUGUCUCUGUCUUAAUAAGAUUAUUGAGGUUAGGAGAUCGAGAAGAAUCUGUCUUUAGGGUGGCAUAUCUGAGGAAUGCCCUGCAGUAGAGGUGACAGGACCAUGUGUCGCUAAGGAUGUGGUGCUCCCCUUUACUUCCUUCCCCAUCAUCUCUCUAAAGUAAUAAAUAAAUCAUGCCCCUUUCAGCAAGAGUCUGCCAGCACAGCUGCUGAUUUUCACAGCCAUCAUGUCCAAUACCUAAUGAUUUUUUAAUAUACACCAGAUUUGAGAUCUCUGCUAAGGCAUCAGUGUUUAUUUUGCUGCAGUUCAGUUGGAACAUGACUUUCCUCCUUCGUAUUUAUUAUUGACUAUAGAUUUGCAUCAUCACAGAAGUUUGAAUUUGUAAAUGGUGCAAGACAGUUUUCUGGCAGAUUCAGAAAGUAUUUAAAUGUGUCAUUGACUGAAGUACACCAUUACUAAGGUGAUGAAGCGGCAACACCCUAUACAUCUUUUGAGACCAUCUGGUAGUAUCUUAAGGCAUUCUGACUUGUUUUAAAAUUAGCCAUGAGUUGUGUUACUGUGGGCAAGGUCAGCAUUUGUUGUCCAUCACCAGUUACUCUUGGGAUGAUAUGGUGAACAUCCUUGUUGGACUGUUGCAUUUUGAGUGGUGCGACUAUUAUCAUAGUGCUGUUCACUCGGGUACCUGUGGUCAAGAACAACUAUCAAGGAUGGAACGAUGACGAGAAGUUGUGAAAAUUUGAUUUGAUCUCUUAAAACCGAAGUAGAUUUGGUAGAUCUGCUCUUGGGAAAAACAUGUGAAAAUUGAGCACCAGGAAUUGCAAACAAUUAUUUUAUAUCCUAUUCUAAUAAAAAGCAAUAAAAUGUAGUUAUAGUCACUGGAGCAGACUUAAUAAAGAAAUCCCAAGCACAAUUAAAUACAGUACUUGCAAAAGAGGUGUAUAGAAGUUGCUGAUAAACUGUUUUUUAACAAAAUCCGAGUGCUGACUCGCUAAUCAUCCAAUCCUGGUAAAAAUCGAUGCUUUAAUAAAUGUUUGUCAUAGAAUAAUAGUUCCACACACUGUCCUUUCUCUUAGAAAAGCAGGUCUGUGUGCCGAUAUCACACCCCCCACCCUCCCAAUCACUCCCUACAAGGAUUUAGUGGGAAAUUGAUUCAAAAAUCUCGCUAAUUGGUGAAUUUACUGAGAAUACCAAACCAGAGUACCACUCUAGAUGUGACUCAAAACUCUGGAUAAAGUUGGUUUUGGUUUAUUUAUUCAUUUAGAUAAAACUAAUUUUAUUCUUCGUGUCUACAAUUUCAUUGCUAGAGCUUUGCUGAAAGCUGCACUUUUUUAUGGAAGUGUGUUCAUAUUUGGAAAUCUUUUAACAGAAAAGGUAGUUUUAAAACUAAGUUUGAUCUCCAGUAGAAUUUAAUGUAGAAUUAAUUUUAGCCAUAAAAUAUUGCAAGUGAUUAGGAGAGACUGUGGGACGGUUCCUACAGAUUGGAGGGUAGCUAAUGUAAUCCCUCUAUUUUAAAAAAAGAAAACCAGGAAUCACUGACCAAUCAGCUUGAUGCCAGUCAUGGGGAAAAUGCUUUAAAGUUGAAAUAUUUUAAUCCAUCAUAAACCAUUUAACAGCUGAACGUUUGAAAAGCAGUGACAGUAUCGUACAGAGUCAGCAUAGAUUUAUAAUAUGGAAGUCUUGCUUGACAAAUCUAUUGUAAUUUUUCAAGGAUGCCAACUCUCAGUUGAUGAGGGUGAGCUAGUGAAUGUGCUUUAUUUGGAUUUGCAGAAGCUUUUCUCUGAUUUUCUACAUAAGAGACUAGCUUGUGAAACUAAAGCACAUGCAAUUGUGGAGGGGCUGUCGUUUGUGAAAUGGAUAGUGGACAGGACACAGAAUAUGAAGAAUGGCUUUUUUUGAAUGUCAGGCAGUGACCAUUGGGGUACCACAGGGAUCAAUACUAGGGCCUCCACUAUUCACACUUACAUAUAAAUAUAUAUUAAUAAUUUAGAUGAGGGAACUAAAUGUAAUAUCUCUAAGUUUGCAUAUGACAUAAAGCUGGAUUGGAGAGGGCUGUGAGGAUGUAGAGAUCCUUCAGUGUGAUCUGGGCAAGUUUAGAGAAUGGACAAGUGCAUGGCAAAUGUGGGAUUAUCCAUUUUGGGAUGAAACAAAGGAAGGUGGAUUAUCAUCUGAAUAGCUCUAAAUUGAAAGAGGGGAUUGUGGAACAAGACCUGCGUGGCCUUUCCACCAAAGUAACCUACAGCUGCAGCAGUUGCUAAGGAAAGCAAACUGUACAUGGGCCUUCAUAGUGAAUGGAUGCGAAUACAGGGGCAGUGAUGUCUUGCAAUUAAACAAGGCCUUGGGUGAGACCACACUUGGAAUUUUUUUGUAGGUUUGCUCUCCUUACCUGAGGAACAAUGCUCUUGCUAUAGAUGGAGCACAGUGAAAAUUUACCAGACUGAUUCCUGGAAAGGCAAGACUGAUGUAUGAAGACAGGGCGAAUUGGGUAGGAUUACAUUCACGAGAGUUCAGAAGAAUGUGGGGAAUCUCAGAAUCCUAUAAAAUUUUAACUGCUGUUGACAUGGUAGAUGCAGGAAGGUUGCUUCUGGUGAUGGGAGAAUCUAGAACCACAGUUUAAUGAUAUGGGGCAAAACAUUUAGGUCUGAGCUAAGGAGAAAUUGCUUCACCUGGUGAGUCUAUGGAAUUCUCUGCCGUGGAGAGUAGUCGAGGCCGAAACAUUGUAUGAUUUCAAGAAAGAACUGGAUAUGGCACUUAGGACUAAAGGGAUUAAAUUAUGUAGGAGAAAAAUGGGAAUUAAUUACCGCCAAAGCUUUAGGCAUGAUAGAAUGAGUCAAUCAUUCUGUUCACAUUACUAACACUAGUGAAGUUACAACACUAGUAUUUUCUAUGUUUUUGAAAGGUAAUUUUAUUGUGUACAGUUCUUCUGAAUAAAAGAGAAUUUUAAUAACAAUCUUCAAUUAUUACUGGUAAUCUGCUAUCCUUGUGGAGGAAAACUGAAAAGUCACUGCCUCUAUAGAUUUAUGACACUGAUAACCUCCAACAACUUCAAUUAAUAACACUAUUGUACAUUGUAUUGAAUGCUCUCAUCUUGCUCUUCUCCCAUCAGUAUUGAAUGUGCUAUAAGUAUAUCCACGUUUCAGUGCACAAAUAUAGUUCCUUGUGCACUUUAUUUCCGAAUGUAAUUUGACCUUUUCAGACUCCUCUCUGAUUUUUCAAAGUUUGCUUUGAUCAGUGCUUUUCUGCUCUAGCCUGCCAGAACCUUGCUAUUUCUUGAGCCCAGCUGAUACUUUGAGAGUCUCAUCAAACCUAAUGAACUCUCACUAGUGACUGAUACUCAGGAUAUUUGCAUAUGUUAAUAUUUCAUUGUUCUUUGAGUUCUGAAGAUAUGGCAUGGUACUUGUAGAAUAGCAAGAUGACUUGAUACAACUUAUUUCACAAAGCUAUCCUCAUUACAGAGAUGACUAAAAUCACUUCUAAUAAAAGAAAGCUGCAAAGUAUUUCUCCUGCCCCAGGUAGCCGAGGUGCUAGUCAGAGCCCUGAUAAACCAAAUAAAAUGAUGUUGUUUACUGAUAUUGUUUCUUCACCCAAAGAGCAAAUUCCUAAAGAAAUUUUCAUGGACUUCUGCUUUGCUAACUGUGACUGUUUUUUUCCAACUAAGUUUUAAUUCUGCUAGUGUUAAUAAUGUGCUUGAUUGAUUGACUCAUUCUAUAAUGUCUGAACCUUUAGCGGCGCUCAUUUCAUCCAGAAUGCAGGCGGCUUAAAUUGCUAGAUUUAUUUUAAAAAUAAUUAAUUCUGGGUAAGGAAACAGAUGUGGAGGAAGUUCGCAUAUCUUUAAGGAUGAUGGUGGGUAUUUCUGAUUUCGGAAGAGCCUUUUCUUAUUAUGGUCUUCCUUUUGUGUCAGGUACCUGAAUGUUGUACUGCAAAUAUACAGUCUAUCAUAACUCUCUGUCAUGCAAAAACUGGUCAAAUCUGGUACAAUUAUUAAGUGAGCUGCCAUGAAUAAAAUCAUAAAUUGGCUGUUUGUUGUGGUGAUAAUACAGCCAAGUUGUUCAGCAUAACUAUGGCAGCAGAGAAAGUCUUUCUUAUCCAAAAGUCUUCCAAGUCCAAAUUCUCUCCCAAGUUAACAGUUUUCAAUUCCAUGAAUCCCUGGCUUGCUAUCAGCAAUCCCAUCACUUCACUUCAUUUCUCAGGGCACAAUCUCUAUCUGUUUGACUCACUCUGUUGCCCCCCACGUCCACCCCUACCCCACUCCCCUCAAUCCAUCUUUCUCUCACUGUCUGUGCCCCUGCCCCCAAUCAUAGAAGUCCUACCUUUUUCCAGCUGCUUUCAGUCUAUCAAUGAGUCAAGCUGCCAAUCUUGCUGAGUUUCUCCAGCACUUCCUGGUUUUGUUUGAGAUUUCCACCAUCCACUAUUCUUUUGGGUUGCCCACCUGUGCACAUCAAGAUGAUUGUAACGCCCAAAAGGACAGUCGAAUCCAUGGUGAUAUGUCCAAGGGGCUUUCCAAAUGUGUGUAUCUUCCUGUCAUGGGUAAUGUAUUAAUAUGCAAAUUUUACAAGAUGAGUGUACCUGCAGCUAAGGUAGUCCUGAUCAGACACUAUAACAUAUCUCAAUGUAACAGGGCUUUCAAUUCUGGCUGAAGAUAUUUUAGACGCAGAGGGUUAACCCUGCUGAUAGUUUCCAGCUUCCCAGCAGAAUGUCAAGAGAUACAGUUUAGAGUUACCUUCUGCUGAUCUGGUCUUAGCCAGCCAGUGUGGUCCUGGUUUGGGCAGUAGUACAUUUUUGGUUGUGUAGACUCAAUGGUCGAAAAGGUUUCUACUGUACUACCUAAUUCUGUGAAAUAAUAACAGCAGACUCUGAAUGUCAGUCACAAAAUGGUGCACAGGAGCCCUGUCUAGUUUGUGUCCAUUCAAUAAUUAGCUGAAGUUAGAAUGUUUCCAAUCAGACCCCCUCCUGGACUGGAUUGCAGAGGACAAGGAUGAAGCAAACUGGUCAUCAGGGAAGUAUAAGAAAUAAACAAUCUUUGUAUCCUCUUUACCAUGUAAUUUUGGGGGUUGGGGGGGAGAUUGCAACAGACUUCUGCUUGAUUGUUGUAUCCAGCAUGGAAAGAGAUGUAUCUGAUUCAAGCAAGAAUUUGAUUAGUCUGGCGUAGGGAUAAGUGAAUUGGAUUAGUCCUUAAACGUAGUAGAAUUAUGUAGAAAUUACAGCGCAGAAACAGGUGAUUUGGUCCAACUGUAACAGUAUUUCGGUUAUGUGUGACCUCUCUCCCAUUCAAUUUUACUGAAACAUGUAUGCACACCCUAUUCCUUUCUGUCAUAUGCUAAUUGUGUAGUAUUGGUGACAUAUCAAAGAUCAGAUUCUACUUUUAAUUUCAUGCGUAAUUCUUAGAGUCAUAGAGAUGUACAGCACGGAAGCAGACCCUUUGGUCCAACCAGAUAUCCAUGCCGACCAGAUAU